AAAAGCAGUGAUUGAACCCGUUUUAGGCCGAGCUUAUUCCGUAAUCAGUGACGUCACGCAUGCGCAGUGGAAUUAAGAGUCGCAGCGUGUAUUAGUGACCCCACGUGUGUACAGAUUCAGAAAUCAUGAGGUCCCCAAAUAUCCUACUAACAGGCACUCCUGGUGUUGGCAAGACUACCCUUGGCAAAGAGCUUUCAGCGAGGAGUGGGCUGACUUACAUAAAUGUAGGAGACUUGGCAAAAGAAGGCAAUCUAUAUGAAGGGUAUGAUGAAGAGUAUGAUUGUCCAAUUCUUGAUGAAGAUAGGGUAAUUGAUGAGCUGGAGGACAAAAUGAGUGAAGGUGGCAUCAUUGUAGACUAUCAUGGUUGUGACUUUUUUCCUGAGCGAUGGUUCCAUAUUGUGUUUGUUCUGAGAACUGAUAAUUCCUUGCUGUAUGAAAGACUAGAGAGCAGGGGAUACAAAGCAAAGAAACUUCAGGACAACAUCCAAUGUGAAAUCUUUCAGAAUUUUGAGGGAGCAGUGGAGUCAUAUAAGAAAGAAAUAGUGCACCAGUUACCCAGUAAUAGCCCAGAGGACUUAGAGCAAAAUCUGGAUCAAAUAACACAGUGGAUUCAGCAGUGGAUAAAGGAUAACAACUGAACACGCUUAUGAAAGACAACUAUAUUACUUAUAAAUAACAUUAGCGGUCCCAAAGAUCUUGCUGUUGGUUUCAUGUGUAUUUACGUAGGAAUGGGCAGAAGGAUCAUUCCAUGUAGCGCUAAUUUCCAGCACUCUGUAAUAUUUUUAGUGAGACCUGAUGUACAUAUAUUGUAAAAUGAUUAAACAAUAUCUCCUAUCUUAAGGAUACAGAUGUGGUGUUAGCAACUGAUCCUAUUAUAUUGCUUUUACAGCUAUACUCUGCUUGACCUUUAGAUCCUGCGAUUGUUGUGUAUUUUACCUUUGUCUGAUUGGCCACAAGUGAUCAUAUGACCAAGUUUUAUGCAGGUAUAUGCUGCACAUUUAUAGUUCAAGCAGGAAACUGCUGCGUUACAUACGUUUUGCUUUUCACAAGAGCAUUACAAAAUCUGGAGUACAUCAAAUAUAGGUCACAGUGAAACAUCAUAAGCGAGUAGAUCCCUACUCACUAAUGUAUGAGCACACAUGCUUUAUCUGUAUUAGACGAGGUUAGAUAUGUAAUCUGCGAUCCAUAAUCUUGUUUAGUGCAACAGUUUAUAGGUUCUGAGCAUAUGUUCGCAAAACCGCAAUUCUUUAUACAUUUAACACUUUAUUCAUUGAAUAAUGGUAAUAGAGGCCCACUGAUAUUGAUUUAAAAAGGGAAUACCUACAAUGCUCUCUGCUCAAAGUAGAGGGGUAAUUAUUUAUAGAAAGCUUCACAUUUAUAAAUGAUAUAGUUUAAUACCAUACAGUGCUUUACAGCCAUUUUCAAUAUAUUGAGAAAUACUGUAUAUUUUAAAGGAGUUUUGCAUUCUCUAUCCCAUUGAUGAGAUCUUACCAGUCUCUUGUGAGGUACCACUUAUUGAAGUGGAUAGAUAAGUGUUAAAUUAAUCUUAGUUAUAUAUAAAUCAAAUCAUACAAGCUAAUUUGUAAAGACAUUUAAAAAAAUAAGAGCAAUUAUAAAGUUGACAGCAUUACAGACACCGGCCAGACUAUAUGCAUUAUUUUGGUGUUUAAGAACAUUGUAGGCAAUGCUGCUUCUGACAGAUUUAUUGACCAGAUCAAGCAUUCUCAUGUAAAUGAUUCUAAUAUUGGCCUUGAAUUGGCUACACCUGUGCAGCUCACCCAGAUACAAUAAAGGAAUCAUUUGCAUCAAAGGCAGCAGUAUCAUCCGUAUUCUCAAACCCUCACAUUACAAGUGUUUUCAUAUCUUUACACUGUACUAUUUGUUCUCUUUACAUGGAAAACAUGUAGGUUUUUUUUUUUAUUACCUGAGGCAAAUGAAUGUGGCUCUGAAAACUGCACAGUUUUUCAGAAAUAUUCAAAUUGUUUGCAUAAUGUUAUAUCAUAGGUUUAAUUCUCCCUCUCUGUCACCAUCCCUAAUUAACUAUCAACACACCUUUUAUUAAAUGUCGCCAGACAAAGCAGGGGCAUUGGUCACUGAAACAACAAAGGCUUUAACGUCAUGUGGUUGUGGUGAUUUUGUGAUUCUAGCCGAUUUGUUUUCUUAACUAUGUAAAUUCUUAAAUAUGUACUAGCUUGACUCAUUUUAUAAAAUACAAGAUCACUUGUACUGUUUUCUAGUGAACUCAUUUUGUUGGUAUCAACAAGUUCAAUAGAGAUAUAUAAAAUUGUAUAAAUAAAUGUCAUUUAAAUGAUCUUUAUAAUAUGUCUGCAUUACAAUGUUGCUUUAAUUUUUUUUGCAAAGUAAAAAGCUGCACAAUUUUUGAAAGUUCACUUCACUCUGUCAUUAAAGGGACGUAGACGUGCAAAAAGAAAAUGCUUUACUGUGGUGGUCAACUCUAGAGCAGCAAUGCACAACUGGAAACGGACCUAGCUGAACACAUCUGAUGAGCGAAUGAGAAGAGGCAUAUGUGUGUGUAUAGCCACCAAUCACCAGCUAGGCAUAAGUAGUGCAUUGUUGCUCCUGCAUUUACCUAGUUAUCCUUCUCUCUCUCUAUAUAGUCUUUAUUUCGGUUGUAAAAUUACAAACUUGGUAUUAAUUACAUUACUCAUUCACCAUAUUCCGAGGAUAAGAAAUAAAUGUACAUAAGACCCUUUAAAACGUUUCGCACUUGUGCACCCAAUACUUCUUUCAUUUUCCUUUUGUUUGUCAGGAGUCUUUUUGACACUUGCAAGAGUUCCAAUAUAGCGACUCAACUGUCUAAGAUUUGGUCAGGGCAGUUUGGCAUGGAUCCCCCACAUGACAUCACUUCAGUCCAGUGAAAAAGUCAGAUUACUUCUUUACAGUUUCCAAAGUCUAUUAUCAGAGUCUUUUAAUUAUGCAUCAAAACAACCAAUAUAGCAACCGAGCCUUUUUUCCUGUUUUAUCUAAUUUGUAUAACUCCUACAACGGUCAAAUACUAACUAGCAGGAAGCAGUAAAAUAACUUCUCUCCAUCUUCCUUUUUUAUUUCACAGGGGGCCCCACCAGACCAGUAUCAUUGCCCCCUUCCAAUGUAGAUUUUGAACCAAUCCCCAAUAUGUAAGAUAUGCUUAAAAAUCCAACCUCCAUUCUCUUCUUAAAGGACCAGUAAAUACAGUAGAUGUGCAUAAUCAACAAAUGCUAUUCUAUUAAUUAUUGUACAAAAAGUGUAAAUAUAAAAAGACUGAACAUUUUGUUAAUGGAAGUAAAUUUGAAAGUUGUUUAAAAUUG